AUUCUCUUUAGCUUUAUUCUCUCUUGCUUUCUCCCUUUCUUUCUUUCUUUCUUUCUUUCUUUCUUUCUUCCUCCAUUUUGAUGUGAUAUUCUCCACUAACAAUAUCCCAUUCCAAACUUUUACAAAAGUGAAUUUUACAUUAUUCAAGAAAUUAAACUAUGGUUUUUUCCUCUAUUUCUGCUUAUCUUGAUCCAUCCAACUGGCAACAGCAAGUUGGAUAUAGCAUCCCAAAUCCUCAGCUUCCAUCAGGACUAUCACAACCAACACCACCGCGGCCAUUAGCGAGCACUCCUCCUCCUCCACCACCACCACCACCUCCACCUCAGCCUCAUCAUGUGGGUGGUGGAGGUUCAAUCAGACCAGGCUCGAUGGCAGAUCGAGCCCGGUUAGCAAACAUCCCAAUGUCAGAGGCAACUCAAAAAUGUCCUCGUUGUGAGUCAACAAACACAAAGUUUUGCUACUUUAACAACUACAGCCUCUCCCAACCUCGUCAUUUCUGCAAGACUUGCAGAAGGUAUUGGACGAGAGGGGGCGCUCUAAGGAGCGUCCCCGUGGGUGGAGGCUGUCGUAGGAACAAAAGAAGUAGCACUAGUAAUAGUAGUACUAGUGCUAAAUCCAGUAAUAAUAAUACCAAAUCUCAAGGUUCUAGCCAAACUACUAAUUCUGGUUCUACAAGCAAUAACAAUUCAAGUCCAUCAUCAGCAGCUAGUUUACUAGGUCUUAUGAACCCUCCAAUUCACCCACUACGUUUCAUGUCCCCGUUAGGACCAUUGACUGAUCAACACUUCACCCCAAAUGAAAUGAAUUACACAUCAAUUUCUUCGCCAUCACCAGCUCCAAUCGUCAUGGGAACAAAUGAAAACAUGAAUUUUCAGCUUGGAAUGGGUAGCAACUUAGAGCAAUGGCGGCUACACCAACAACUAGUGAACCAAUUCCCUUAUAAUUUAUACGGGGGAUUGGAUUCAUCUCCUGCUUCUGGUUCUGGCUCUGCCUCUGCCUCCGGCCUUUACCCUUUCCACCAGGCUCAUUAUGACGCGAGUGGUGGGGGGGUCAUAAGUCAAAUAAGGCCAAAAGUUUCAAACCCUAUGUUGACUCAGCUGGCAUUGAUGAAAAUGGAAGACGAUCAAGAUCAUGUUGCAAGUAUGCCACGUCAGUUUUUAGGGAAUGAAAACUGGACAAGUAAUGCUAAUUGGAAUGAGCUUUCCGCAAGUUUUAGCUCUUCUUCUACUAGUAAUAAUGUACUAUAAUUACUAAUAGAUGAAAUGUUGCUGAGUUGGCGCUAUCUUGUUUUCAAUCCUCUAUUUGACCUUCUUUUCCUAUGUCUGACAGUUUUGUCAGCACUGUAGAAGGAAGUCAUAUGUUAGGAAGAAACCCUAGAAUCUCUAGGUUUUUCGUUUUAGGGGUUUAUCUUUACAUUUUUUUUGUAGUUUGCUUUGUUUUAAUUUAUGCUGAAUAUGUUUUGGAGAAUGGGUGUAUUUUUUAAUAGUUAUUUGUAGUAGCUUUAUAUUAGACAUGAAAUCUAAAUUUUAAUUCCUGAGUAUA